GUUCAGAACGAGGACGAACUCAAGCCUUCAUCAGAGAAGACCCCCGAAGACCCUCACAUCAUAAUACGCAUGCUCUAAAAGGAAGCUCGAGGGCUCGGAAUGAGCCAGCAGUUCACUUCCCAAAUACUUUCUCACCAGCGACUCUCCCCAGGAGCCCCUGAGGUGGGAGAGUUGACAUCUCGGCUGGCAGCCCCCAGAGAGUCCCAGGAACUGACUGUCCACAAAGCUCAGCAAGACAGGAGUGAGGCCCUGGAGAGGGAAAAAGCCAGGCCAACUCUAACUCUGGAAGAGAAGGAACUGAGCUUCAGAAGCCUGGAAGAAAACAACCUGGCCCAGAUCAAACAGGUGUCUCAGCUUUAUUCUGCUCUUCACCGGGGUGAGCAGCUCCUCUCAGACCGCAUAGGAGAACUGCAGGAGCUCAGCACCCAGAGUGAUGCGAGGAAGAAGAUUCAGGCCUUGAAGCUGCAGCUGAGCACGACGCAGGCUCAGAGGGACCAUUUCAGUGCCUGCAACCAGGAGCUGCAGAAACAGCUGGCUGAAAGCCAGGAAGCGAUGUGGAGGGCAGAACGCAAGAACUCUCUAGAAACUGCCCUGAAGGAAGAGGCCACUGCGAGAAAGGCAGAGGUUGUGACUCUUCAUCAGGACGUGGCAUCUCUGCAGAGGAAAUUGGACAACACGGAGAAGGAAAGAAAGGAUGUGCUGCAUGAACGGGACAGUCUGAAGGCAAAUAAGGAAAAACUGGAGCAUCAGAUCAAACUUCUGGAAGAAUCAGUCACAGCCUCUGAAAUCCGAGCAAAUGCAGUGAUAGACAGGAAUCGUUCCCUUCAAGAAGAACUCCAGACUAUAAUGUCCAUCUUUCAAGUUAAAAAAGAAAAACUGGAAACACAGGAAAAGGAAAUGGAGAUGCUCCAGAAAGAGGCAGCAGAGGCCAAAGCUUUGCAGGAGCAUGUCACUCGCAUGGCUGCUGACCUGUCAGAGAGGGAGAGAGAAACCAAGUUGUACCAGGAGCAGAUGAAAAUGCUGGAAAAGGAAGAAUUUAAUGCACACAGCUUCCUUGCAAAGGAAGGAACAAAACCAAAUGAGGAGGGAAGCCAUGAGGGAAGAGCUGGAGCAUGUGGCAGCUGCUUUGAAGCAGAGAGAAAAUGGAGAACGCGAAUGGAGAGAGAAGGCUCAAGCCCUGCGUGCUGCCCUUGCCAAGAGUGAAGUGUCCAAAGGGACUCUAAGGAAAAAAAUUAACCAUCCUGCAGAGAACGGCUCCCAGCAGGGACACGGACCGGUCUUGUCUACAGCAGGCUGCUGGAGCAGAAGGGAAGCGGCUGUCACGGCACUCAAGGAAAGGCCUGGAAUGUGUGCUGCGUCUGGCUGCAUCAUCAGAAGAGCAGACAGAGAGGAGGGAACUCAACGCUGAGCCCACGAGGAAUCCUGAGCAGGUGGAACAUCAACGGAGGAGCUGGAAGGGACGUUGUAGGCGUCAGGAGAGGGAGAGUUUGCUCCCUGGGCGUGGGGCUUCCAAGGAGCUCAAGUAGAAGAGUUCUUCAGCGCCUUGGGUAAGCAGCAGCCCUCCUGCUGGGGCACAGCCUGUGGGAAAGGGGUCAGUGCCCUGAGCUCUGUUCAGGGGCAGUCUGGGAGCCUCUUCCUUCCCCUUCCACAAGGACAAAGUGUUUGCCAGGGCUGGAGCUGGGGGUUGUGUCUGCCCCGACAGCCGGUACCGUGGGGCUGUGGAUGCUCCUGGAAUGUGGGCUUGUCUGAGCUGGGCCUGGUGCCUCUCCCAGGUGUGCCUGGCCCAAGACCAACAGCACCGGCAGGAUGACAUGGAGAGCUGUGCAGGGACCAGCCAGGAGCUGUCCUGUUCCUCAGCAACUGCCAGCCAUUAUUUUGUAAUAAAGAGCUUUUUCAGGAAAA